AAACAAGCUACAGUCAAUCAACUUCAUCCACGAAAUUAAAAACCACGGCAAUUAAUUGAAAAAAGAUGCCAAAGACUCGAAGAUGGUUUCUGGAUUCAUAAGAAAACUUUUUCAUACGGCCUAGGACUGACUAUAAGAGGAUGAUGUUGACUCAAUGUUAGACAUCAACUUGAAGUAUUAAGUUACCUACCCGAGACUUCGUUUGCACUUCAAGGUGCCGCCGAGUGGUCAGUAGAACAAGAGGAAUCUUUGAAGUCGUCUGGAACAUAUGAGUGGAUAAAACAUAUGCCCUGUUGAUCACGUCUUGACACACAAUUCGUGCGUUAUCAACUUAACUCUUACAAAAAACACAUUCGCAAUACCGCGAAAUAUCACUGCAAUGUCUUCUACUACCGAGAAAGAUAGAGAUCAGCUACGCGGUAUCCUGCAAACCAAAACUUGGUUCGGAUUCGAUCUAGACGAUACCCUCCAUGAAUUUCGCAAAGCCAGCCGUGCAGCAACAACCCAUGUUCUCACCCGCAUUGCCAGCGAAAACCCAUCAACAACACUUCAAGAUCUUCAAACCCAAUAUGGAAUCAUUCUAAAACAAGGAACCGCUGAUGCGUUCACCGAUGGAAAGACCUCACGCGACUACCGCCGCGCUCGCUUCGCUGCCACACUAAGCUAUUUUGGAUUGAGUCACGACACUGUCGAUGAACUUCUAGAGGACUACGAGCGUGUUCUUGUGGAUAACUUGACACUCAAACCUGGAGCUAUUUCUCUUCUUGAAGCAAUCAAGGCUUCAGGGAGAAAGAUUGCUGUCAUUACAGAAGGGCCGCAGGAUGCACAGCAGCGAGCAGUGAGGGAUUUGGGUAUCCAGACCUACAUCAACUUUCUGGCGACCACAAACUUCUUUGGUGUGGCAAAAAUCGAUGGACUCUUCGGUAAGGUACUUGAUCAUCUGAAGAUCAGACCGCAAGAUAUUGUGUAUAUCGGAGACUCGCAGGAGCGCGAUAUCGAGCCUGCUACCAAAGAGGGGAUACUCGCCAUUCACUUACACGAAGCUCAAACAGAGCCACUUGUCCUACAACCCCCCAGUAUCAACUCACUCGAGGUAUUAGCCAAGCUCAUCUAACCUCUGCUGCACACAUGUCUGAGACGAGACAAGUCACCAUGCUCGUAACCACACAGCAUUACAAGGCUAAGAAGAUCUACCCGCAUAUACAGCAUAUGUAGCUCAAUCGAUACACCCGUCAAACGUGUCCAUCUCUCACAGGAUAGUCCCGAAUCUCUCACUUACAACAACAUGCUGCGUCUAACAAACAAAUCAGACGAGUGCAACGUUUUGUGAAACGUGAAGCUUUUCAGCUGAUGUCAUACAUAAUCAUCCCACGGCACUGGGCC